AUGUGCAGAAAAGGCUCUGGAUGUAUUUACGAGAGAUAUAUGAGUGAACUGUUCUUUAAUCAAAAGUUAUUGGGGAAGAGACUUGACGCGUAUAUCUACCAUGUCGCUCCAACUAUUGCGGUGAAACAAGUUCGUCGCGACCGAACCCCGGAAGAAAAGCCAACGGAGCAUCCUUUCCUCAAGGAGGUCGCGUUUUACAAACGUCUUAAUGAGUGCCAGGCGCGAUGCGCGAAUAUUGUUGAAUGUUUUCUCAUUCUCCCAGACCAUCUUUUUCGAUCAUGCUGCACGCAUAAGGCCAUCGCCCCUCGUUUCUAUGAACGCCAGGAGCGAGAGACAGGAACGAAUGGCUUUCGUGGGCGUCUUAUCAAGGUUAAGGAGUACGAAGAGUCUGCGCUUAUCACUCGGUGGAUACAACAAACCAUGUCUGCUCUUGAAUAUGUCGAGAAGAUGGGAUUCUGUCAUAACGAUCUACAUGCAGGCAACUGCCUUCUGGAUAGAAACUUCAACUUGAAGCUGGGUGAUUUUGGUCGUGCAACCACUACUGGACAAUUACUCGAAGGUACCUUGCCUCCACGGGCCCAACUAAUACGUGCUGGGCCAUUGGAAGGCACAUACGGUUUAUGUUCCGCCAGAACGGAACAGUUUGCGGCUGGCACACUUGUAUACUUCAUGGUAUACGGCCAUGAACCCUACGACGACAUUGUCCUAAGCGCCAAGGAAUGGGAUCGCCGAUUUGGGGAAAUGGAUUUUCCCGAACUUAACCGCCAUGAAGUAUUUGAUGGUCUCAUUUCGGUUUGUUGGCACAAUGUUUAUCCUACGAUGGCUUUGCUAGCGUACGACUUUGAGCGCAAAACAAAGCAUAUAGUCCGGAAUACAGAUCCCAUCUCCAUUGACUCUGCUAAGGAGACAAAGGCCUGCGAAGCAUUGGUUCGCCGAGGCCUGCUGGGACCUGAGUUGGCUCUCCGCUUUCAGCCAGCCUGGCGGAGAUGUCUUAAGUGCUAUUGCCGGCUAACACGAUCUCAUCGAAGUAUCUUCACUCAUGGUGAUGUGAAAUCUCGCAAUGUCAUGGUGGAUGAUCAAAUUACUCUCACCACCUUUAUGGGAAUUUCUAAGGUUAGAUAG